AUGUAUAUAUAUCCCAGGAACUAUUUGUGGUAAUAGAAUUUAGAAAUUCUCAAAAGUACAAAUAUUUCUUAAAUUAACAACUUAAUAAAAAUAAAGGAUAUGAAGAUAUUACUUACAGUAUGGAUGAAAAAUAAAUCAAACAAAUCCAAUUCAAUUCAAAGUUCAACUCGAUAAGACAAUUUUAUCUUUUUGGUUUGCUAUAGUUAAGAUUGUUUUUAUCUAAUCCUUGUCUAAAGUUGUUAGAACCUUACUGAUUUCAAUAGUAAAAUUUUCAUUAAAUUUUAGAUUGUACCCUUAGUGAUGAUAUUGUUUAAUAGAUAAUUGAUUAAGCUAAUAACAUUUUUAAAUUAUUUAAAUUAACUAUAUUAAAAAUACAAACCUUUACUACUCUUACUCAUUUCAUUAAGUUAAUAAUGAAUUAGAUAAUUCUCCUUAUGAAAAAGAACAAAGUAUAGAUGUUACACCCAUUUAUUACAAAGUUCAAAAGUAUAUUAAAAUUAUUGUUAAUAAUACUCUUAAAGCUAAUUAGAAUAUAAUCUAUUUUAUUUUUCCCCUUCUUUUUCUAAACAUUAUAGCUUGGAUAUUAAAAUACAAAGAUUGAUACUGCUUUAAACUUUAAAGAUAAUAGUAGCCUUACUUAACCUGAAGUUAAUUUAGAUGCAAAAAAAAGAAUUCAUUUCAUUACCUAUCCAACUGCAAUAGAGAAUUUUUUACAAUCACUAGAUUUAAUUUUGAUAUUUUAUUAUUUCCUAUUCAUUAUAGACUUUAUCUAAUAAAUGGUUUGA